AGCAUUCUUUUUUUAACGCUUUUUAUACGUAAAGCCGGUAUAAACAACCACGAAUCUCAUAAAAUGGCUGCUGUAAGUCUAUUUUUAAAACCUUAUAUAGUUUAAUUAAUUCGUUUAGGUAUUAAUUUUAUAUGCAAAAUAUAUAUUUAAGUUGGCGAUUAUCUUUUAUUUUUACGUUUUGAAAGAAAUAAACCCCGAUUUUCGUUCAACUCUUUAUUUCGUGCGCUAGGUUAUGCCGGUAAAUCCGAAACCCUUUCUAAAUAAUUUGACUGGGAAGCCCGUGAUCGUAAGAUUGAAAUGGGGAAUGGAGUAUAAAGGAUACCUUGUUGCUGUUGAUGGAUAUAUGAAUUUACAGCUCGAUAACACCGAAGAGUACAUUGAUGGCGUUCUUUCUGGUAAUUUAGGCGAAAUACUAAUUCGAUGCAACAAUGUCUUGCAUAUUCGAGGAACAGAUGAAGAGAACGAAGAUGGGGAAAUGAAAGAUUGA